GUGUGUGUGUGUGUGUCAGUAUGUAUGUGAGUGUGUGAGAGAGACUUGGCGAGGCAGCCAAGAUGAGAGUUAGAAGCAGUAGAGGGAAAACCUGGGGAAAAAACAGCUAAUCAGUCAGAGGGGGAGGGAGGGAGUCAGCGAGCACAGCAAAAAGGCAGAGCAGGGAAGAAGAAAGAGAGAUAAAGGGGAAUGUGAGGGUACUAUCAGUGACGGUUCAAGGCACCAAAGUCAGAAGAAAUGCAGUGACUAGAUGACCAUCUACUACUCUCGCACCAGCAUUCUAUCCUGGAGCCUUGACAGGAGAAAAAAAUACACACUCAGUCAAAGGUAAACAGUCUUCAGCCAGCCCCAAAUCACUGGAUCAUGUCAUCUGCUGGCUCGACAAACCACAACAAGCGUCUGGCAUCUGAAAAGGACAACUCCCAGAAUUUGCUUGAUAAUGAUUCUGCUCAGCAUAUGAAGCUAAGGGACAGGCAACGGUUCUUUGAAGACGUCUACCAGCAUGAUGUGGAAAACCACCUGCCCUCUACCCAUCUACAGGUCGACUGCAGGAAACCCCCCAUAGGCAGUAUUUCUUCUAUGGAGGUGAAUGUGGACACUCUGGAACAGAUGGAUCUGAUGGACAUAUCAGAUCAAGAAGCCCUUGAUGUGUUCCUCAACUCAGGCUCAGUUGGUGAUGAAGGAGCCCUGGCCUCUCCGCUACCAGUUAUAGAUUGUGGGGACGAUGAUGAAGAUGAGGAGGAUGAAGAAACUGAGGUUGUCUACAGGGAUCGCGCACCACUGCAACGGCAAAAAGAAGUCUACCGCGGCUCGCAGUCUCGAUUCUCUUCAACAUCAUCUGGUUCCAGUGUGACCAGUGCAGGUGGAGCUGACACACCAGUGAUCCAGUCCGAUGAUGAAGAAGUGCAUGCCGACACUCUGCUGCUAACCUCCGUUCCCCACAUAAGAGAUGAAGAAACAGAGGAAGAAGAUGAAGAAUAAAUAUGAUUUUCAACAGCCCAUAAAACAGACUGAGUUCUUCUCAUUCCCUCUGUGCAUUUGCAUUCUUUUCUUAUUUGCUGAAACGCCCAGCAUGGUUGGGUCAACUGUGAUUAGAUCUGUCCUUUGAACUGUGCAGUUUUCUUUACAAUUUAAUAACUAACCACUUUUGUUUUUACAAGUUCUGUGGCACAGUCAAUAGUUUCUUGGCAGUUGUGUCAAAUGACUUUUAUUUUAAUUAUAUGAGUCAUUCUUUUCUUCUGCACAAACUUGUUCUUGUUGACAUAAAACAAGCUCAGUUUUACUCCUCAAACUGCCGGGGGGGAAUCCCUGUGUCUCUUUAACAUUCAGUUUCUUAACAGCUAUGUGAAGGACUGAAAAGGGUAGCACCACUUGGUCCCAUUCCAAAUAGGCUAUAUGACCAAAUUCACACUUGUUGCACGCAUGCGGCCUCCAUUUAAAGAUUAGGUGACUUCUAGGAACAACUAGUUGCACUGGAAAAAAGUGAGACUCAGUAUCAGUUGUAAACAACAAACAUAUGAUGCAGUUUAAAGAAAGUACACAGAAAACAAAUCAAACGAAAUAAAUUCUUAUAUUAAAGGCCAAAUUGAGCCAAUAUCAAAUGGACUGCUUUGGUACGCUAUAAAGCAAUGAAAACAUGCAACACAGUAUUAAAGGAAUAAGCAGUUAAAGCCUCUGUUAGGCCAGCUAAUGGAACCUUUUCUCUUAAGGUCACAUUAUUUUAAAAUUUGUAAAUUAUGCCAUUCAUUAAUUAUGUUGUAUAAUAAAACACAGUCAAUAUUUUUGGCAAAUGGGAUUGUGCAACAUACCUGAGUACCAUGUUUUGCAGUCUUUUUGAAGGCAAAUAUCAUCUCCAAACAGGUGUAACAAAACUUCCACGAGUACCUGCUCAACAGCAUGGCUUACCUUACAUCGUUGUAACCCUUCUCUAUUGUUUAGGGACUUCAUUGCUGUUUAGGUAAGGAUUUGUAGUUUAACUAUGACGCAUAAAAGUGACAGAUCUUUGCUUAAAGAGCUCAAAGUGUUCAGAGGAAAUAUGCAGUUUAAGGGUGGUCUGUGCAUAUUUUGGAAACUGGCUUUUCUCAUCAGAAACUUAAAUUGGGUUUAAUUUUCUUUUAUAUUUAAAAUAAAAAUAAAAAUCCCAGGCAA